AUAUAUUCUUGCCGAAGAAGAAAAUAAUGGAAAAUAUGGAAUUUAAGAGCAUUGUAGAAGUUGUAUUAUUAUAGAUCUUGAUUUUAUACUUGAUCCAUAUUCAUUUGAUAAUUCAUGGGUAAAAUAUGAAGGAGUUUCGAACAUUUACUCAUGAUGAUGAAUCCAAUGGUGCUGAAAUGUUGAAUGUCUCCUUUAAACACUGACCAAUUUCAGCUGUGGCCUGUUUAUGAAAAGAGUAUCAUUGACAGAUUAUGACUCAUAUGUUCAGAAUAUUGAACUUAUCACUUGUAUGUUUGAAAUUUAUAGUUUGCUCUUGAUAUGAGUAUGACAAUGGAGUUAGUUGUCUGUAGGCCAGUUACUCUCUUUGUGAUUUGUGCUCAAGGUUCAUCACCAAUUUUCCAGUCCCCUCAAUCAUAUGUAAAUUGAACCUGGAUAUCCUAUUCCAUUCAAAUAUUACGUUCCUGAUAGUGAUUGACAUCAGAUUAUUCGUGUUCAGGAAGUCUUGAAGCUACACAGUUAUAUGACAUGUGGAACCUUCGCCUACUUGAUAUUUAGAGCAGGAGUUCUUACACAACUUUCAUGAUGUCAUCUAACCAGUUAAUGGAUUCAUGUCUGAGGUUUUAAAUUAUUUCGUUCAGUAGUCGUAAUGAAGACAGUAGAACAAGCCUUGUGAACAGGAGGGUGGAACAGAGACAAGAACACAGUAUAACUCAUACAGAAAUCACUCAAAGGAGAAUAUUGCAAGACAUAGGACCAGAAAUGCAGCAUUACAAGAAUACCGAUGGAACUGGAUCUGUUAACGAAAGUGCUUAUCAUCACAGUAAUGGACAUUCAGAACAUUCGCCGAACUCCAGUCAUAUGUCGGUGCAUAGUGAUGAGCCGUUAGUGCGAACACACAAACAACAGACUACGCAACAAGUGACAACAGUAACGAAAGUUGUGCGGGAGGUACAGCAGUUAGGUGAUCAGCCUACGGAGUAUAUAUCAGUACCGUUAGGGUCUUAUACUCACGCACAACACACUAGACCGACGUUUGUGGACUAUAUGGAUCAACCCUCCCAUCAUAUGUAUUCCCAAUAUCAUCCCCACCCUCAUUAUUCGGACUAUGAACAUUAUCCACCCAAUCCGUAUGGAGCUUAUAUGACUUAUCCGGUUGGUGGCGAACGUCCACCAACGCCGCCUAGCCCUAGCGAACAUAGUGGUGCCCCAUCACCUUUGCCGUUGACUGCGCAACAGCCGAAUCCUUAUCUAUCAUCUGGCUACGACGAACUGCCCGAGCAUUAUAGGGUCACUCCAUCACCAGGGGGUCCUAUGGGCUUAGAAGCCUAUCCGGAUGAUCAGCCCAUUGUAUACGGUUACGUUUCACCUUCUCCGUAUGGAACGACAACUUCGCACACAGGACCCACAUACGAUACUCGUCCUUACGAGGAAAGCCUUAACGGGCCAGUGCCGGUAGGUUCGGCGCCAAUGAGGAUAUUCGAGGACGAUGAGCUGCAGAAGCACAUCAGCAAAAUGUCCAUACAUGGGCAUAACAUCGGAUUGCCGCACGGCAGGGUGCAUAACAUUGCAUCCCCGGGAAGCGUUGGAGGCGACGACGACCAAAGAGGUAUGCGAUGGCGCGAUCCAAAUUUGACUGAAGUUAUAGGUUUUUUGAACAACCCCAAUAAUGUUAUCAAAGCGAACGCGGCGGCCUAUCUUCAGCACCUGUGCUACAUGGACGACCCCAACAAACAGAAAACGAGAGCUCUGGGUGGCAUACCACCCCUGGUCAAGUUACUCAACCACGAGUGUCACGAAGUCUACAGAAACGCUUGUGGGGCUCUGCGAAACCUAUCGUACGGAAGGCAAAACGACGAGAAUAAAAGAGCAAUUAAGAACGCCGGCGGCAUACCGGCUCUCAUUACCCUGCUGCGGAGGUCCAUCGAGGCCGAAAUCAAAGAAUUGGUCACGGGUGUUAUAUGGAAUAUGUCUUCGUGCGAAGAUCUUAAAAGGAACAUAAUCGACGAUGGUGUUAGUACUAUUGUAUCAUAUAUUAUAAUACCUCAUUCUGGUUGGGAUCCCCAAGGUAAUCAUAGUGAAACAUGCUGGUCGACCGUUUUCAGAAAUGCCUCAGGCGUUCUCAGAAAUGUCAGUUCGGCCGGUGAAUACGCCAGGAAAAAGCUGCGGGAAUGCGAAGGAUUGGUAGAUGCGUUAUUGUUUGUUGUACGCUGUGCCAUAGAUAAAUCCAACAUAGGGAAUAAAAUCGUGGAAAAUUGUGUCUGUAUAUUACGCAAUCUGUCCUACAGAUGUCAGGAGGUUGAGGAUCCGAACUAUGACAAGAAUCCCCUUCCCAUACAGCCACGAGUGACUGCUAGUAAUUCCAAAGGAGAGAAUUUGGGUUGUUUCGGCGGAAGUAAAAAGAAGAAAGACUCCCAGUCGGACGUCAAGGAAAGUACGUCUGGCGCUUCGAACAUUGGCGGCGGGAUCAGUUCUACCCCAAGGGGGGAGCCGGUACGUGGUAUGGAGUUAUUGUGGCAACCGGAAGUGGUACAAUCGUACUUGGCCCUGCUGCAGAGCUGCUCGAAUCCCGAAACUUUGGAGGCGGCAGCGGGCGCCCUUCAAAAUUUGGCCGCUUGCUAUUGGCAGCCCAGCAUCGAAAUCAGGGCAGCUGUACGGAAAGAGAAGGGGCUGCCUAUACUUGUUGAGCUGCUUAGGAUGGAAGUCGAUCGAGUGGUAUGCGCGGUUGCUACCGCACUAAGAAAUUUGGCAAUAGAUCAACGUAACAAAGAAUUAAUAGGUAAGUAUGCGAUGAGGGAUUUGGUGCAAAAACUUCCAUCCGGAAAUGCUCAACACGAUCAAGGCACGUCGGAUGACACGAUAGCCGCCGUGCUGGCGACACUGAACGAAGUGAUCAAGAAGAACGCCGAAUUCUCCAGGUCGCUGCUAGAAACAACGGGAGUUGAAAGACUGAUGACCAUAACUAGGCAAAGGCAGAAGUAUACGCCGCGGGUGUUGAAGUUUGCCAGUCAGGUAUUAUUCACGAUGUGGCAACAUCAAGAACUGAGGGACGUUUAUAAGAAGCACGGCUGGAAAGAGCAGGACUUCGUUACGAAAACGGUGGCAGCUAGAAACGCCGGUCCAAAUUCACCUAAUAAUGCCAAUAGUACCCUUAAUAGACCUAUGGCCUCUCAGAGCGGGACACGUUACGAGGAUAGGACGAUCAAAAGGCAACCGCCUGGUGGUAGGGGGGUUGCUCCAGUUCAUCCUAGGAAUGAGGACAUCCCGAUGGCUGAUAUGGCGUAUCCGGAGGCGCAGCCCACAAUGGGGAGACCUUACGCAGGCACCGGCCCCCCACCUCCUCCCGAACCAGUCUACGCCCAAGUGAAUUUGGAGAAGAAGCGUAAUAGACAGGCUGCCCCGAACCACAUUGACGAGGCAACUGCCCCGCUGCCUGGCAUACCUCCGGCAGGCAAAGAUUCCUGGGUGUAGCACGGUCUAAAUUCGUUUACGCCAUAUAUAGCCCGAUCCCAAGGCUGAGUAGCCUGAAUGCGAGACAGCAAAUUGUGACUUUCUCAACCUCUUGAUUACCCUUGUUUAUCUGUGUCGUUGGUUGACACUUUUGGCCGCGGUACCUCGGUCGGAGUCGAAACGAGAGGUACACCCCAUCGUUUACAGUAGCAUCGAGAUCCCGACCUUAUCGACCUCAACCGUCAUUCGGAUGACGAUUUUUUUUAGAAAGAUUACAUGGUAUUAUAUCCCAAAAUUCAUCUCAAUAAUUUUUAUAUUUAUAGAUCAAUAUAAUAACGGGUUUGUAACCGAACCUAAUUUCAUGGCAUUCUUGAGCAAAUAAUUUUGCAUGGCAUUAUUUUCCAUUCAUAGGUAGUCAUAACCGAAAAAUAAUUGAAGUUGUUCAUCCGCCACUCUCAACAUUCUCUUAACUUUCUAGUAAAAACGAAAAAUUAACUAGAUAAUUUUAGGGAUUUUAGGGGGUUAAUGGUUAUGGGGAGGUCCAUCAGAGCUUUUGGACAGUGCUGAUUUACCCCAAGAAAUAUUAUACAGUAGCAUUCGAUUCCGAUGUGAAUUAUUCGAGAAAUCAACUUUUUUUUGACUUGUUUGCUACUGUUCGUUCUAUUUUUUUCUUUGACUUGGAGCAAUGAUAGUUCGUACAUAUAACUUUAUGAAGAUACCAGUCAUGCGUAUUAAAGAGAGGGUGUCGAUUAGGUUGGAAUCUCGAAAUCGUCUGAAUUAUGCAAGAGAGUCGAUCAUAUUCAAAAUCUCUCAUAGUUUUCUUUCUGAUCUAGGGAGCGCGGUACAUCGGUAGGAUUAUAAGGCACUAAAUUGUUGUUGCAAUCACUUCCAAUCGAACUGAUGUGAAUUCUAAAUUGAUUUUUACACUUACCCAUUAUGACUAUUUGAUAUUGUAGAGAAUAUAAGAAUGUUUUAGUAGGAAUGAAAUGUGAGUGAUGAUUUUCCGUGAUAGAUUGAUUAUAUUGUCCUAGAUUUUAGAAUAGAAACUUGUAUUAUCAGUAUUUCCCUAGGCCCUAGGGAAUCUCAAUUGCUCUACUGAAAGGAUUAUGUGAGUUGCCAUAAAGUGAUAAUAGAGAAGUAAAAAACCGUAUUAGUGAUACCGAAUAAGCGGAUAAUUUUGAUUUAGGUUUAUUCUCCGAUUGUUGGAAUCAGAAAGAGGUUGGGAAAGGCCUCAAAUUCUCACGAAUAUGUUGGGCAGCAAUAAAUUUGCGCUAAGUUUCGUUAUUGGCCAAAUAGUUUGUGCAUACCCUGAUAUUAUAGCUAUAUUUUUUUAUUCGCCUUCCUUUUUGUUCAUUCCGUCCAUUCAGUGCAGUUAUCGCUGAGCUUCUUUCAGAGGUAUAGCAUUACUCAUAAGUUUUGGUCGCGAUGAAUUUAUUUAUUUUUUAUUUCUUGCCUAAAACGAAUUGCUGUCCAAAUUUUCCAUUGAACGUUUUUUCGGGGGAGUGGCCUAACAUUAUAUCAAUGUUCUGUCGCAUGUUCAGAUAAAUAAUGCACUGAUUUAUGAUAAAUAUAUAUUAUUUAGUUUGUGGUUUACUGUGAUCAGCUUCUCGAAAGGCAGACUAACGAGAGUGUCACAGAUGAAAAUAUUUUACCAAUUCGAUACUGCAAAGAUUUUAUUUUGCCAUAUGGGUUGUGCACUUGGUGUUGAGAGACUGUGGCCUUUAUUUAGUGUCGAAUUGAUCAGCAGAUUUGUGCAAUAUGACUUGUAGAUUGUUCCAGACUCUACAUUUCAAUCUUCUCUGUGUCAAGUCUAUUUUAGAUGUCUAUUUUGAGAUACCCCAAUCGAUUGAAUUUAUUAUUAUGUUUUAUUUUAUAUGAAUAUCUCCAAUUUUAGGUGCAAUAAUUUCUUCCCAACAGAAGAUAUGGAGUGUUGAGUUUAGAGCAGCCUGUAUUUGAUUAAGCCUUAUUACUUUAAGUAAUCUUUAAGCUCACGAAAGACAGCUAAUGGUGAUGUUAGGGUCGAACGUUAAUUCAAAUAUAAGUGUAUUUGCGUGUGGAAAUGUCAGAAUGUCCCAAGUUUUGAUCGAUUUAAAGCAAUAUUAUGACCAAAUAAUGGAUUGUACAGUGUGAAUUUUAAAUAUGUAGAUGUUUUAACAAAUUGUCAGCACUUUUAUCUCAAUUCUGCACCAUUAGUAAAAAUGAUAUCAAAGUUGAAGAACCACUUACCCAUUUCUUUGUAGACUCGGUGGUGUAGCUGAAAAUAAACAUAAAAUGAUGAGAUACUGACAGAAUUUUGUUGUUUGAAUAGUGUCGAAUGUUAUUCAAACCGAUUUUAUAGGAAUUUUUUAUAAUUUUAUUUGAAGAAAGAUGAAAAAUCAAUGAAUCAAUACCAUUUGCUUGUUAUUACAUGUAUUAGAUUGAUAUGGCCGAUACUUGAUGGAAAUAUUUAUGAUUUCAGUAUUCUACACACAAAUUGAUUACAUUUCAUCUGAAGUUUCUACUCGGUACCAACGUUAACAAACGAAAUUUCACGAAUGAUUUAAGUUUGAAUGGAUCUUACCAUAUUUAUAGAGAGACAGUUAAAAUAUCUUACUUGUCGAAAACUCACGCUGUACGUACGUACAUACAUACUCAACAUUUGUAUAUUUUCGUUGUAUAAACGAUAUGUUAUGAAAAUAAAUGAAAGUUUUCUAA